GGAAGAGGCUCUGGUCUGGUUGAAGAAGAUAAGUGUUAGUGACUAGUGAGAGGAAGGAGUGUGUUUAGCAAUUAUGGUUCGUGAUUAUGCUAAUCCAGCAGAACAUGUUACUAAUUAUUUGAGACAGCCUAAUGUGGCUAACAGGAAUCUGCUGCCCCGUAAGCUUGAUCCGCCAGAAUUGUGGCACCCGGCGGUUGAUCAGGCUUUACGAACAACGGGAUUCUACCAUGUAUCGAGAGUGGGACAGAUCAGAGGGCAUUCCGCCUUACUAUCUGCUCUUGUAGAAAGAUGGAGGCCGGAGACUCAUACUUUCGUAUUGCCAGUCGGCGAGGUUACAGUAACCCAGGAGGACGUGUUACACAUAUUUGGCCUACCGAUUGAGGGAGAGGUUGUGACUGGUUGGACCGAUAGUAGUCAGGACUUCUUGGUCAACCACAGCAUGGCGAUUUUUGGCAGCGAACCCGUUGUGAGUAGUUCAUCUAAAAGUUACAUAAAGCUAGCCUGGGUUCGCCAUAUCAGAGAUACACAGCCUCUAGAUACUUCGGAGUCUGUUCAACGAUACGUUAGGUGUCAUAUCUUCUGUCUGCUAGGAACCACCCUUUUCGCGGAUAAGUCAACAACAUAUGCCCACGCGAAGUACCUACCACUGCUUCAAAACUUUGAGCAUAUCAGCACUUACAGUUGGGGGUCAGCAACUCUCGCACAUCUUUAUAGGUCACUGUGUCGUGCAUCGCGGUAUGAUUGCAAAGAGAUGGAUGGUCCGCUUGAUUUGUUGUUCGUUUGGGCGUGGGAACGAAUGCCCUUUCUUGCCCCCAUUCCAAGACAGCAGCUUGCACUCGCUGAUAUACCGGUUGCACGCAGGUGGAGUCAUCAUCCACGAACCAGGGCGUGGAUAUCGAAGAGCGUGGCGUCUAUAAGGCAUGACAUAGACUUCAAGGAAGAUUUUGUCUGGCGGCCAUACCUCGGCAUCAUCAUCCCGGCCGAACUACAUCACCACCUUGAUGUGUGUGACACGGUAGGGCCAUUGAUUUCAUUCGAAUGUGUCGAAUGGCAUCCUGUGGACCGAGUGGUUCGUCAGUACGGGUAUGCACAGUCUCCCCCUCUGCCGGCACAGGCCAUCCCUCUUGACCAUCAUUGUUACACUCUUCGGGGAGUACAGUGCCAUGAUUGGAGCACCAUACUCAAUGAAUGGAUUCAACAGUGGGGGAACCGCCGCAACAGUCGGUUGCGAGAUAGGAAUCUGCAACCAAUCGUUGACUUUAUCCCGUCUGCCGAGUACCGUAGUUGGUACGGUGGAUUAUUCUGGAUGUACCUGAGGUUGUCGAAGUUGAUUCAGCAGCCACCCUAUUAUCCACCCCAGCAGCCAUCCCAUUUUCCACCCCAACAGCCACCCCAGCAGCCAUAUGCAGUGUUUCAGUCAUUUCCUUAUCAUCGCCCGCUUCUACCUCAACCAUCACAGCAGUCGCCGCAGCCACCCCAUUAUCCACCCCAACAGCCACCCCAUUUUCCACCCCAGCAGCCAUAUGCAGUGUUUCAGCCAUUUCCUUAUCAUCGCCCGCUUCUACCUCAGCCAUCACAGCAGUUGCCGCAGUCACACCGAGCAUCAGUGGACAGAUCGGCUCGUCAGAGCCAUCGUACCCCCACACCCGAUAGUCGAGCGAGUGGUUCCAUCGAUCCGCAUGUUGGGAUCAAUACAGGACGUAUGAAUGUAAUAGCAGCAGCUCCAAGCGGUCUGGACUUGAAUGCGCCGACACAGCAGGAGGUUGUUGCUGAGUAUAUCCCUGGUCCUUCCGCUCCAGCAAAAGCAGGUGGGUCAGGUCCAGUCGAGGGAUAGACAGUUGGUCAUCAGUACAACCUACGGACAGAUGUCCGUCCAUUGAACAGGUUUAUUUCGUCAAGUGUUAACAAGAUAGUAAACAAAACGAUAAGAUUUUUUAAGAAAAAGCCGUGAGUUGAUUAGUCGAACUUAGUCUAUUUACAGUUUGUUUUAGUUGCACUCAUCUUCAAUUUAGUCGAACUUAGUCUAUUUAAUCUUUGUAUUAGUUGU